AUGUCCCUUCUUGUUCCGAAAGAGCUGACUGACCGCCUGGCUCUAAUGGGACUGCCCCACGAGCUGGAUGGGCGAGACCGUGUGUGGGCAGAGCUCCCUCGGUCCUCAGCAGUGAGGCUGGCCUCCCUGCACGACCUGCCCGCCCAGCUCCUGGAACUGUAUCAGCAAGGCUUCUCACUAGUGGCCCUGCACCCCUUCGUGCAGCCAACCCACGAGCGGGAGAAAACACCCCUAGAGCACAUCUUCAGGGCCAUCCUGAUCAAGAAAACUGAUAGAUCUCAGAAAAAUGAUCUCCACAACGAACGCUACAUCUUGGAAUUAGAUUGCUGUUCCUCCUUAGACCACCUGACGGGCCAAAAGCUCAUCCCGGAGUUCAUUAAGAAGAUCCAGGAGGCUGCAAGUCAGGGCCUGCAAUUUGUCGGCGUCAUACCUCAGUACCAUUGCCCUGCGAGGUCGGCAGGCAGCAGCCCCCCAGUGGACGCCAGAGAUGCGGAAAAAAACCCGGGCAGGUGUGAGAAUAACGAGAACCCGGGUGCUCCCGUGGGGAUGGACGGCAGCCGGGAGCCAGGCCAGGGCCCAGGAGGGGAGACGCCCAUCGCUGAGCAACCCAGCUUGCCCUCGGGAGAGGGGGACGGAGCAGAAUUUUCUCCACACGGGGUGAGCAAGACUCUGGAUGGGCCGGAGGGUGACCUGCUGGAAGUGAGUGAGGAGCCACUCUCGGGAAAGAUGGAGAUCCUCGCCCUUUUCAACAAGCCGAAGAGCCAUCAGAAGUGCCGGCAAUACUAUCCGGUCACUAUUCCUCUCCGGGUCUCCAAGAAUGGCCAGACGGUGAGCGGUUUGGAUGCCAACUGGUUGGAGCACAUGAGUGACCACUUCCGGAAAGGAGGCAUGCUGGUGAAUGCCGUCUUCUACCUUGGCAUGGUCAAUGAUUCCUUACACAGCCUGACAGAUGGAGUAUUCAUCUUUGAAGCUGUUUCCACAGAAGAUAGCAAAACCAUGCAGGGCUAUGAUGCUAUUGUUGUCGAACAAUGGACAGUCCUGGAAGGUGUCGAGGUGCAGACAGACUACGUGCCCCUGCUGAACUCCCUGGCGGCCUAUGGCUGGCAGCUCACCUGUGUGCUACCUACUCCCGUUGUCAAGACAACCAGGGAGGGGAAUGUAUCCACCAAGCAGAUUGUCUUUCUUCAGAGACCGUGUCUACCUCAGAAAAUCAAGAAGAAGGAAUCAAAGUUCCAGUGGCGAUUCUCCCGAGAAGACAUGCACAACAGGCAGAUGAGGAAGUCCAAAGGCAAACUCAGCGCCAGAGACAAGCGACAAGCAGAAGAAAAUGAGAAGAAUUUAGAAGACCAGUUUUCCAAAGCCGGAGACGUGGGAAACUGUGUGCCGGGCCUGCAUCAGGAGGACGAGGUGUCCGAGGAGCUGAAGGUCCCCGCCCAGGAGAUCACAGAAGGAAAGCUCUGUGUGGAGGGUGGGGCUGUGCAAAACGGUCCUGCGGGUCAUUGUGGGGCCCCGGAAGGGGGCUGCGCUGAGCAGUCCCAUCCCAGAGAGGAUGCCAGGGAGGGAGGCGCCCAGGAAGUGGCCGCAGAGCCCGAGACAGCGGGGGACAACUGA